AUGCCCAUCAACCUUCCACUCGACGCCAUCACUUCGCGUCUCAACCUCCAGGGUCGCUUCGACAAUGUUCGCUCCCAAUCCGUCAGCUCCCGCUUCGCCAACCUGAAGCCCCUCUCCGAGUUCUUCAACUUCAAGCAAAUCUCAAAGCCUCAGAACUUUGGCGAGGUUCAGAACCGUGUCAACUACAACCUUGGCUACUUCUCUAGCAACUAUGCCGUUCUCUUUGUUAUGCUGAGCAUCUACACCUUGAUCACCAACUGGCUCCUGACUUUCGUCAUUCUCCUCGUCGUUGGUGGUAUGUACGGUAUCGGCAAACUCGAGGGUCGUGAUAUCGAGAUUGGUACUUUCCGCGCCACUACCUCGCAGCUCUACACCGGUCUGGUUAUCAUCGCCGUGCCUCUUGCCAUCUUCUCCAACCCCUUUGGCUCCGCUCUUUGGCUCAUCGGUGCCUCUGGUGUCAGCAUUAUCGGUCACGCAGCGUUCAUGGAAAAGCCCAUCGAGUCAGCUUUUUCAGAGGAGGCGGUCUAA